AUGGUGAAGGAAGAAUGGAGAGGGUUGGAAGAUGCUCAGUUUCUGGAUAAGCUGAAGGCAUUAUCAAAACCGCUAGGUAGAUGGCACAAGCAGCACUUUGGGAAUAUACCUGAAAAGAUAAAAAGGUUUGAGGAUGAGAUCAACAAAGUGGAUGACAUGGUCAGUAAUGGGGUUUAUGAUGGUACAAUCGAAGCAAGAAGAAAGGCGCUAGUGAGGUGCUGUGAACUGUGGUAUACGAGGCAAGAUAUACACUGGAAACAAAUGUCAAGGGCUCGGCAUGCCAAGGAGAUGGACAGGAACACAAGAUAUUUCCACAAUAUUGAAGUUACGCCAAAUAUCAGCUUUCGAGAUGGUCUAGUCAACCGAUUGGGGAUGGAGGAAGCUCAAGCGUUAGAGAUGUUACCGUCGGAGGAGGAAGUGAAGGAUGCAGUAUGGGAUUGCGAAUCGUCUAAGGCGCCGGAUAGUGAUGGGUAUAACAUGAACUUUAUAAAAAUGUGCUGGGAGGAGAUUAGAGUGGAAUUUACUAAAAUUGUGAUGACUUUCUUUGAGAUGGCGAGGCUACCAAUAGAUUCCAAUAUUACUUGGGUAGCGCUGGUACCGAAAUUUGUGGGUACAAAGGAGAUAGAGGAGAAUGAGAAUGAGAAGUGUAAUACCAGGCUUAGUAGGAGAAUCACAGAAUGCUUUUGUUAA